AUGGGUAGCCCAAAUGUUGAAGGCACUCCUCGAAAAUUCUAUUACUUCACACAAAUAUCUCUAAGAUUUGUGGCCAUUGGUGUUACUCUUGCUGCUGCAUGGCUCAUGAUGUCUAACAAUGAGACCGCCGUCGUUUUUGGUAUCCAGGUCGAUGCGCGUUACACCUACGCUCCGGCUUUCAAGUUUCUGGCAAUUGCAAAUUUGGUGGCUCUGGCCUUCUCGUUGCUGUCUGUGAUAGUUACUUUCGUGGUCAGGAAAAGGGCGCUAAAACCGGCACACUUCUACAUCUUCUUCAUUCAUGAUUUGAAGGGCAAAUUAGAGAAGUACUGCCAUUUGAAUUUGAUGGGGAAAAAACGAUAA